AUGCCCGAAAUAGGUUCAUGUACUGAUAUAACAUGUGAUAAUGAAAUCAAAGAAUUAUAUGAAUGUCAUUGUUGUUUACGUCUUGUUUGUUUAUAUCAUUUGAAUGAACAUGUUGAAAUAACAAAACAAAAUAAACAACAAUUAGAUGAUCUUCGUAAUGAAUUAAAUACAGUUAUAAAUACACUUCAACUAAUUGUUGAAGAAAAAUUUUUAACUAUUGAACGCGAACAAAAUUUGAUUGAACAAGCAAAAACAUUUCUUGAUAUAUCCAGUACUUCAAUUGAUGAUCUACAACGUGUUUUCGAACAAAUUAAUCAAACAAUAGCAUCAAAUCGUUCAGGUAAAAAAAAUAAAUUAUAUAAUCAUGAUCAACAUGUAAAUGAAGAAGAAGAGGAGCGUAAACGAACAUCAUACAGAAAAAUUUUUGGUGAAUGUCCGUUAACAUUCAAUGGAGCAUAUGGUCUUACUAAAGCAAAUCAUUCUAUUAAAUUUUGUGAACAUAGAAAAUAUAAUCGAAUCGAAUUAUAUGGCCAUUUUAUAAGCAAACAUGAAUUAAAAGAAGUCUAUGCUAAACGUUUGAUACGAGCUGUUGCCGACAAUCAAGAUCCUUGGAUAACAAAAUUAUUUGAUGAAAAUGAAAAUGUAAUCGAUCAUUUUUAUAAAGUCUCAUGUCCUCUGUUUAAUGAACAAAUUAAUUCAUUAAGAUCUACUCGACAAAAUGUAGUAACUGUACCAUGUCGAUGUCGAUUAAUUCCACUUAAGUCAUUAAAACGUCAUUUACUACUCAAUCAUAAGGUUUCGAAUCCGUUGGCACAAAAAUUAGUUGAUGCUUUCAAAGAACAGCGAACAUAA